UCCUCCUUGUCCUUAUCCUUGUCCUCCUCCACCUCCUCCUCCUCCUCUUCUUCCUCAUCCCCGUCCUCUUCCUCCUCCUGCUCCUCCCCAUCAUCCUCCUCUUCCUCU